GAAUUUUAUGAAAAUUGAAGCGUUGAGCAAAGAAAUUUGGAUAUUUUCUUGUUUUUUUUUUUAUUAAAGUAUUUUGAAUCUGAGUUUGCUUUUGAAACGCAAACGUUAAAUUUUACCAUUUUAUUCCGUGCUCAAAACUACACAGCUUGUUCUGCACGAUUAAGUGUAAUUUUACGAUCAACGGAACGACGCCAAAGAAACUUCAACACUUCCGAGAUAUGAAAGGAGAUGGAGUUCACACUUUUUUCGGUUUCGAGUAUCAAUUAUGGACUUUCAACUGAAUAUUCAUGAGAUAGAUGCUUGAAAUCUAUUCGAAUCGAGGUUACUACGAAGAGCGCGCCAAAAUUUAUUUUUCAUAUUGGAAGAAGUUCGUUUCUCAUGGACUCCACUGUGUCGACUUCAUUCCCUCACGCACUUCAAAAUGGAAGUGUUCCGACUGUCCCGACGACCACCGCAGCUGAAGCCAUCGUUACGAAUAAAUCUACUGCUUCAAUCAUCGCACCUCCGAGUGGUAUAGUCAUGUCGAAAAAUGUUGUCUAUAAAACAAUCAAUCCAACGGUAGCAAAAUCUGACGUGAUAGCAAAUCCAGCACGUAUUGAAAUCAAACCCAGUGCUGUUCAACCGACGUUACAAAUACGUACGGAAGAUAACAAAACAAUCAUCAUUAGCGGGGCUAAAACUGUUAACGAUUUAGCGCCGAAUGUUUUACAGCAAAUUUUGAAUAAUUUGCAGAAUGUGAAACCGAAUGAGACCGUUCUGGUGAUAAACAAUACUGUUAAAAGCAAUGUUCAAAAAGAACCAGUGAAAAGUUACGAGAGUAUUGUAAACGAUGUUCUUCAAAGUGAUGUAACGCAAGCAAACGACGAUGGCUUGGAAAAUCCACCAUGCGUUGAUUCAGCAAACAAAGUAAAAGACAGUGUUAACGAUCGGAUUCCAAAUAAGCAGUUGGAAAACAAAAUUAUUGUUAACCAAAAUGACGCACAUGCUGAUGAAACAAAAACGAAAAAAUUGAAUGACGCUGAAAAAGUAAAUGAAAGUAGUAAACAUGAAGGAACGUCAAAUAAAGAAAUUGUAACGAAGAGCUUGAAAAGUGUCGUUCCUAAUGACGAAGAAAAUAUUAAUGAAAACAGCGACCGAGAACGUAAUAUGCCUACCCUGGAAAAUGAUAACCACGCAAAGGAAGUCAAUACCAGUAAUUUAGAAAAAAAUGAUAAAAAUAAACCCUCGUUAAAUAUGUUACCCGCGAAAUCGGUAUCUUCAUCUUCGCCGAAGGAAAUGCCGAGAAGUAUGUCCAAGCAGAAAAAAUUCGUGUACCGAUUAAAGUCGAAAAACGGCAGGAUUUUAAGUUAUGUUAGUGAUGUACCUAUAGUUUUGAAAAAACCAGUUAUACGUUUGGAUAAAAUGACGCAAGCAGAUGCAGAAAGAUUAUCGAAACAAUUUGCGGCGGAGAAGAAAAGACAGUUGAGAUCUAAUACGAAAUUAUUAGAUACUGGCGACGAUUUGAAUAAACCAGACGGUAAUUCGACUUCGCAAAAAUCGUAUGGAAUACGAACUCGUAAAAGACAACUAAAAUUUUUACCCGAUGGAAGACAAGUGAAGGGUAAAAAACCUAAAAGAUAUUCCAGCAGUUCUUCGUUAUCUUCCCUGAAUGACGACGAUCUCGAUAAACCAGUUGUUACAUCUGAUGAAGACUACCACGAAGAUAUUAACAUGACACCGUUGAGCUCUGAUGAUGAUGUGAAAAAUACCUCACUCAAGUCGACAAAUUCUAAAAAAUUGACUUCGCCUAGAGUGGCAGUGGGUAGGAAUUCAUCGUUUAAUAAUAAGAAAGAUAUCAAAAAUACCUCGACUCCUUCCGUUACCUUGCAAUCUAAAGUGAUUCCAAAUACGUCGCAACCGAUCCAAAUUAAGUCUGUUUCAACCGCUGCUACAAAAGUGAUUUCAAAUACGAAUUCAGUACAAAACAAGAAAACUUCAACGCCUUCUACGAAAGCGAUUCCGAAUACGAAUGCAGCUGCGAAGAAAAUCGGUUUGGAUCCUGCGGCGGUUUUCGCCACACUACUCAGAAUUCCUAUUGCUUCGCAUCAAUUGACUGUGAGACGAUUCAAACCGAAAAUUUCAUCUCAAGCCAACACAAAUAACCCAUUUAUGUUCAAAAAAAUAUUUUCUCCCGAAAUCAAUCAACUGAUUCCGACUUUGCAACGUGAUAUGGAAGGAAAUUCGAGUUCAUCUAGUCCAGGAGUUCAGCUAGGUAAACUAAUUCCUGGAAGUGCUAACCGAACGGCGAAUAUGAAACCUACUACGUUUCCCAAUAAUUAUAAUUCGUCUUCUCAAAGUACGGUAGAUCCUCCACCGCUAACUCCCAUAUCAAGAAACAGAAGCACCUUCAAGUCGCCUGUUGUACAUAAUCAUAUUUCAAAACAGUCAAUUCAAGAAAUUAUUGCUAAAUUCGAUAGUUUCACCAAUACCAGAAUUGUGAAAACGAAAGAAGGUCCUAAAAAAGCGAAACUUGAAGAAUUGAAAAAAGCCGACGAACCUAAAACCAUAUACAACAUCAUGGAAGAAAUUUUUGAUUCUUUACCGCACUGGAAUAUACACGUUAUUCCGGAAAAUAAAUCUUUUUGUUUAGCUCAAAUUUCGCUCGGUCGAAAUGGUAUUCCUGCUUUAAAGAAGAGCAUCGAAAUCAAUGCUGAAUUUAAGGCCAAAGUGUACAUUCAUCAAUUACACUGUAGGCGAUACGACGGUAUUUACGAUACUGAAAGUAAAAUAAGAAAAUUGAUCCAAGACGUUGAUAACGUAGCUGUAUGAGAUUGAUCAAUUUUACUUUGGUAUUUCUAUUCAAAUGUACAUCUGAGAUUAUUUUUCGAUGAAGUGUCGUUGGUUAUGAAUGGUUGGAUGUUAAAUCUCGCGUGCGUAGUUCAUUUACAUGUUGUACGUUUAUUUUUUAUUAUUAUUAUUUUUGGUGUAACUAUUGAUGUUGGUACUUAUUUUAAAGAUUUUUUUCAAAUGUGUUUUAUAUAUAGAAGUUUAUCGUUUGAAAUGCAUGCCCGUCUUUACUGUUUUCAUUAUUAUUUUUUUCGUUUAACUAUGAAAGUGUCUUUUUUAAUUAUGUUUUAGUAAUGGCUGAUGUUUUGUUACUGUUUCAUUAAGUAUUUUAAUUCAUCGAUUGUAAUUUUAUUAGUCAUUUUCAACUAUUUGAGAGUUUCGAUAAUCUAUCGUUUAAGUUUUUCUAUUUUGAAAAAAAAUUAUUUUCAACAAUU